ACUUCAAUAUGAAAUUUCUGAUUGUAUCAAUUAUUGUGUGCAUCGUCAUAAUUGGCUAUGUUGAGGCCAAUCGUCCUGGGCUAGCACUACCACCAUGCUCAUGUGUUGACGAGUUAUGCGGUCCCGGUGGUGCUCCUUGCAAGAAUUGCCCUGAUAGGUCCCAGCUAUGUCAACAACUACUUUCCAAAGUGGACGACCUUAAGGAGCAAAUAGGCCAAUGCGUUUGCGGUUUACCAAGUUGGGCUUUGAAUUGAAAGUUCCAAACAUUUUCCACUUAAUGUUAUGCCUCUUGAAUUGUUAAUUGUUAUUAAAUUCUUGUAGAACGAAAAUAAAUUUUGA